AUGAAUGGUAGGACGGUGGUGUUUCGCUCCGACAAGGCUCCAAGAUCAACUGAGAUUGUUGAGAAAGAUUCAGAAGUGAGCAGCGGCAACGGACUCACAUUCGGACGGAAGAAAGUUGUUCCUGAUCGACUUCAUCCUCUUGGAAGCGAAUCUCCACGUCAUCACCGUCAUCCGCACAUACAUCGUCACUUAUCUGUUGCCCCAACAUCCGGUACCAGUCCUUACUUACCGCGUGUAUCAAAUAGAGCUACCCCGGAAGAUUCAGACGAGGAAGUGCUCCAAUUGAGACGCCUAAAUGGCCACUUAUCAUCGAGUGCGACCGUGAUAGACUGGAUUCGCUCGUACCAGCUCGAGCGUGGGAAUUUCGCGUCAUUUGCUGUGUUCACAGAGGUCAAGCUGGACGAAGUGCAGGAAACUUACGUCGAGCAGGUUGGGAGACCAAACGCAGUGGAAGCAGCUGCUUGUUGUGCAACAUUAGUCAAGAUGCCAGGGAUUGUAGGAUGCUACAAUACGUUGCUGGAGAAACUGUCGACAGGGAUCCAAGCGGCGAUCUAUCUCCCUGAAGCUUCGCUGUCAUCGGAUGUCUCGUCACCGGAUGCGAUGACUGCGCUCGUACAGAGUUUCUACUCUCGGACUCCGUACUUUGAACGCGUUCGUGAGUUGGAGAAGUCGCUACUCGCUAGUAGAAGUAUCAUGGAUCCGAACGUGCUGAAGGCAGUGACUAUAGAUGAUGUCGCUCGGAUCUUCCAGUACGCUCCCUUUGCUCACGUCCAAGCUGGUCUAGCGAAGGUAUACGCCACCAACUCGGCCAUGCUAGACCAGCUUAUCACAGCUCUCCAGUAUCAACAAGGACUGCUUGUAUUAAGGCGACGAGACGGUAAAGAUGUGGAUGAUCCAGACUACCCUGUACACGUACCGCUUGUCACGAGUGCCCAGAUCUGCCGUGCUAUAACUCACAACGCCGCGUCUUUCAGCUCCAGUGGUCGAGAUAUGAUCCUCUGUGCCAUCGUGGACUUAAUCGAGCCGAAUUCAUUCCGUGACGUGUAUCAGCACUUUGAUACGCACGGGCAAAUGUGUUUCCUGCACCAUUUGAGUGUCGUGGAAGGGAUGGACAAGUUGGAGUUAGUUGUCGACGCUCUACCGAAUGCCGGUGAGUCGCUCUUUCGCUUUUAUCUCGCCACAUGCUCGGGUCAAAUGGGGGAUAUACUCGAUGGCGAGGGAACGACAAGUGGACUUAGCUCCAAAGACGUCUUCUUCUCUAAGUUGUUGAGCUCAGAUACGGAGUUUUUCUUUAUCAGUGACCUAGCAGCGUACUUAACCGAAGCGCAAUGGCAUUUGCUGUCGAAGGAUGACCGUUUCCAGAUGAUUAUGAUGAAAUACCUGCGUCACCAGAACUUGUCUAGUGCUCAAGUGCUGCAACUAGUGGCGAAUACGUUCCUCUCGAUGCUGGAGAAGAAGGAGUUCAGUCAACUAUUCGACAAGUGCUGGGCUCAGUUCCCUCUCGACAGUCAGUGGUCCAAAGCUUUAGCGGUGGUACAGGAUCUUGGAAGUGAGAGUUCGUCAACGCUUGACGUAAAUCCGGAUCAUAUUGCAGCUAUCCGGUUGAAAAUGUUGAAGAAAAUCUUCAUGAUGUUGACACGAGAGGAGAGAGCUACGUGGAUGGACAGGAUAAACAUUAAGUACCCGACUGAGAGCUACAAGAGGAAGAUCCAAGACCUGAAAGAUGCAACAACUACCGCACUGAAUACACCACCCGAUCUAAGUGAUCCCUCGACGCACCUCGCUCGCAUGAAAGCAGACUUGAAGAUACGCUGGCUGGAAGCUAUCUUGGAAUCCAUGCUGAACGAUAACGAGAGCUCGGAGUGGCUAGCUGCACUCAAGCUGGCCUUGCUGCCAUUCGCUGACGGGAAGAUGCCGCCACCACCAACGCCGCCGCAAGAAGUUAAACCAACGCUUGCAUCGGUCGGAGAGCUGCUGGAUCAGCUCAGUGCUGCUGACAGAGCCGCGCUCUUGGCAAAGCUGAUGCCGCCACCAAUCGACAAGGCUCCAGAAAACAAGGUGAUGGUUGAUCGUGCUGACUCACCAGUCAAAGAACUAGAACAACCCAGUGUUCAUACAUUAACGCACAGUUUGUCUCGAAGACUCAAGCGCAGACUCACAGCUGUAGCUGCUGUCGCCGAGCCGAUUGAAUGGCACGAGUACGUCAAAGUCGGUUGUCUGGACGUUGGCUGCCAAACGUAUUUCGAAAUCGAACAGGAAGCUGCUGAUACGUUGAGCCCACUUGGGCUCGAGCCCCCUCAAAGAAUAAUCUCCGAUCGUGAAACCUCUCGAGCGUCGAUACCACCGAUCAAAACCACACCUGUAAUCCCAUUAACGUUGAAUGCGCUGCUGGGUAAGAACGUUGGGAAGGGCAAGAAGGAGAGGUAUCAGAAGAUCAACAGCGUGGCGGUGCCUCGAGCCAUUUCUGGCCUCAUCACGUCGUGGCGCAUGAACACGGAUCAACUUGCUCAAUUCGCCAAGAAAUCGCUCGCGAAUGUUUUAAAGAUAAUUGGAGACGCAUACAGCGAGAUGUUGACUGCGACGAAGCGCAAGGCGCAACAACAGCGAUCGCUGUACACGACUCCACGUGGCAGUGGUCGAGUGUUGACUCUGUCGCAGAUUGUGUAUCAGUCUUUCCUUCACAGCUACGGGCUCCCGUCGAUCGCAGACAUGCAUCUGCUGGCGUUCUCGUGUGCAGUUGAGGUGUAUCGUACGCAACAUCUACGCGUUGAAUUCUUUGCCAGGUUCUGCUUUGAAGAAGGACCCAAGUCGGAGCUGACGAACUACUUGGAGUUCCUCGAAUGCAUCGUAUCGGAUGAUCUAACCGGGACGACGAUGAUGAGUACGCAUCGUCCAGUCACGCCCACUUCGUCCAGUGGUAACAUUAGCAAUACACGUCAGCCAACUGCAUCGAAACGAUCGCGGUUUGUUCCUCGACUCCCUGUCCCGGACAAGGAAAGCUGGGUGAUCUCUCUGGACCGAGCGCAGGAGAUCGCGCAGCUGUGCUUUCGAGAUAUGCGCAAGACGGCAGUGGCUGCCUUUUGCGAGAAUCUGGGUACGAUCGCAGCUCAAGGAAACUCGAGUGCCGUUCUCCCACCUCCAAUCUCAGUUGGGGUGAUACCCGAGACAACAAGCAGCGACCACGUUCUGAAUGUUGAUCACUUACUUCAACUGGUGGUAGCAGAGUGGAAACUGGAGCAGAUUCGUCGUGAACGCCACUUAUUCGAUGCAUUCCGCGCCGGAGAUGUGAAUGGCGACGGACAGUUAACGUCAGCGGAGUUCACUCAGAUCGUGCUGUCCAUUGACGCGUCUCGAGAUAUGGGCGACAUUCUACUCAUGUACAGUGAUACACUGCGUCGUAUCGAGUGCGAUCAAAUAAACCCCGAGAUAUUCUUACAAGUCGCGCGUGAACAUGAACUAGAUCGUGUGGUCUGGCAGGGAGAUGGAGACUUGUUUGGUGUAGUAAACGAAGUGACCGAUAUGGAGGCGACGUGGGCUCAUGUACGAGGGUUCUUUGUGGGUACUUUGGAAGCGUUGGCUCGAGACUUGCCGUCUACACACUUUCUCCGUGUGUGUGAAGGCGCUGGAUGCGGCUGUCUAAAGUGUCUGCUGGAUGGGUACGUUGGUUUCCAGAAGAUGCGUCGUGAGUUCGCACUCACGCAACAUCAGCAAAGACACUCUGGAACUCUAGGUCGCCGGAAGUCAAGCGUUGGCGUGUCGUCUCAGCUCGUAUGGGCUCGCUUCUGGCAUUUAAUGCGCCAACUACACGAUGCUGCAGCGGAGAGCGACGGGAUUGUGACUCCAUGGGAGGGCGUUUUAUACUCCCGGGAGCAACCAGUGCUAGCACUUGCUCUAAGAUCCAACAGUCGUCGACGAGACUCGUUGCCCAACUUUUUGUUUCCUGACACCGCACGAAUAACCGCAAAGAUGAGCCAUGUCCACGACCCAGAAGUUUUUGACGCCCCGACAAUUCACGCACAGUUCGCAUAUCUAUUGAAUAGUGUGUCAACAAAGGUCUCAGAAUGUACGCCACGGUCGUUGUAA